AUGGCGGGAGGCUAUUUUGAUCUACCAGUAUCGUCCUCCAGGCGCCCAAGCGUUACUGAUGUCGCCGGGGGCUCCCAUAACAGAUCUCCUAUAGGGCCGCGUGUGUCGCCCCUGGUAACUCCCAAAGAGAGCAUGCAGGAAAGACCUAUGGACACCAGCCUAUAUCGGGAUAGACAGAAGAAUGCAGGCAUUCUCAAAGGCACGAAUCGCGUCAAGUUCAGUGUGAGCGAGGCGGGUCUAACUACAUGUCCACCAGGAUCGACGCCAGAGUCCCUGUUUGAUGAAAGGGGUUCAUCACUGCCGCAGAGGCCUUUGCCCACGGCCAGCAUUCCACCGGCGGAGAAAGAUCCCACGGACCCCCAAUCCCCGCCAUUGGUUGAUAUUAGCUCUAGCUCACCUGUAGGUGUGACACAUUCAACAGUCCAUUCACGAGCUAGCUCUCCGGGUUUUGGCGGGGAUGAUGAGAUCAGCUAUGAGAAGGGGAGAGCUAUCCACUCGGCGCAAGAAAGAGCCCAGAAACUCGCAUCCCUUCUGGGCCGUUCGUCAAAAUCUCCCAGGCCAAGUCCCCGGUCUAGUCUACCGUCCUCAAUCGCGUCAACUCCCACCGAGGUGGUCCUUCCCUUGGAAGAAGAUGGGGAUGAAAUUCCCAUGAUCAGCCUUUCCGAAAAACAGUGCAACUUGUCAGACGACGAUGAAUACACCCCGCUAGAUGGGCGAUCCUCAACACGCACUGCCGAAGCUCAUCAACUUGUGCGAGCAAUGACUCGAAAAGACUUCAACUUUAUAACCAGGGUUCGGGCCCCCUCCCCUGGACUCUGCUCGGGCCAGGUCACUCCUAUGGAGGAGAGAGACCCCGACGGAUACGUCGAACGCCCAACCCACUACAGAGGAGGUAUUCUUUCUUCCCUUCUUAAGCUUUACAACCAACCGCCCGUGAUCCAUCACCCGCGGGGUCGUUAUGGCCAUUCGCGUCAGAGCAGCUUUGGAGAAUUUAGCGGAAGAGGCUUGUCUCCAGACCCUAACUGGAAACCCCAGAAGCCUAGGAAGUGGUACGAGAAAUCGCCCAACCAGUCCACCACCUCACUGUCCGGAUCCACGGUUAAGAGCUCUCCCAUUGCAAUGCUUAAGCGCUCCCGGAGCAGCAGCUCUGUCCCUGGAGUACCGAAAAAGAUAGGCAAACCACAGCUUGAGGAUGAAAUCCGUGUCACAGUCCAUAUUGCCGAAUUACUUUCCCGCCAAAGAUAUCUUAUUCUUCUUUGCCAUGCCUUGAUGAAGUAUGGUGCACCCACUCACCGAUUGGAGGAGUAUAUGAAGAUGACCGCUCGGGUCCUGGAGAUUGACGGUCAAUUCCUGUAUAUACCGGGCUGUAUGAUUAUCUCGUUUGAUGAUGCAUCUACCCACACCACGGAAGUGAAGGUGGUGCGAUCCACGCAGGGCAUUGACUUGGGCAAGCUGUCCGACGUGCAUGCCAUCUACAAGGAAGUUAUUCACGAUGUGAUCGGUAUCGAGGAGGCUAUCCAGAGGCUGGACGAGGUGACGAAAAGGAAGGAUAAAUUUCCUAUCUGGCUUUUGAUCUUGGUACAUGGGUGCGCUAGCGCAUCCGUCGGUCCGUUCGCCUUUAACGCCCGCCCCAUCGACCUGCCUAUCGCCUUUGUGCUGGGGUGCAUUCUAGGUACCUUGCAGCUUGUGCUUUCGCCACGUUCGGACCUUUACUCGAAUGUGUUCGAGAUAUCUGCAGCGGUAUUGACUUCAUUCUUGGCCCGAGCGUUUGGUAGCAUUCGGUACAAUGGAGAGCGUCUGUUCUGCUUCUCGGCGCUGGCCCAGUCGUCGAUUGCUCUGAUCCUGCCUGGGUACUUGGUGCUGUGCGCCAGCCUAGAACUGCAGUCACGCAACAUUGUUGCUGGAUCCGUACGCAUGGUUUAUGCUAUUAUCUACUCUCUAUUCCUUGGAUUUGGCAUCACGAUUGGUACAGCGGUUUAUGGUUUGUUGGACUCCGAUGCGUCGGCUGAUUUUACGUGCCCCGCAAGUCCGAUCCAAAACGAAUACGUUCAGCGUUUUCCGUUUGUGAUAUGUUUUACCUUGUGUCUUGCCGUCGUCAGCCAAGCGAAAUGGAAGCAAAUCCCUAUGAUGCUGGCCAUCGCGUUCGCAGGGUACGUGACCAACUACUUUGGCACCAAACGAUUCUACUCAAGCACCCAGGUGUCUAAUGCAAUGGGUGCCUUUGUCAUCGGUGUAAUGGGCAACCUAUACAGCCGAUUACGGCAUGGGCUCGCCGCGGCUGCGAUGCUGCCCGCUAUCUUCGUUCUCGUUCCAUCGGGACUGGCAGCCAGCGGGUCUCUAAUAUCUGGAAUCGAAUCGGCAGAACAGAUUACCAACCAGAACUCACCUUACGGGAUCGUUUCGAACGGAACGCAGGGCUUCGUGGAUGCGGCCAAAAACAUGACGCUGGGCCCCACCACAAAUCAAUUUCACGGUAUCGUCUUCGACAUCGCAUACGGCAUGGUGCAGGUCGCAGUUGGCUUUACGGUUGGUCUAUUCCUCGCGGCUCUGGUCGUGUAUCCGCUUGGAAAAAAAAGAAGCGGGCUUUUCAGUUUCUAA